AAAAUCGUUACCAUUAUGAAUUUUCUAUUGAAAAAAAUCCUUUUGUUCAAUAUUAUCAUUGUAUUGUUUAAUUUUCAUAAUGGUUUAUUAUUAUCGAAUGGUAAUAAUACUACCGAAUUAGAUCAAAAAACCGGAAAUCAUGAUGUAUUAAUUCAUGAUGAUAAUAAUAAAUCAUCGGAAAUGUCAAUUUCGAGUAAAAUUCUAAUUGGAAUACGAAGAAAAUUAUUGAAUACAGUUUCUGAAAUUAUUCAGGAUAUUGUCAAUCAAACUGAUGUUCAUAAAUUAAAACAAUGUUAUAAUAGUGAAUUUGCUGGAAAAGAAUUAAAUCUAUUUCGUAUACCGCUAAAAGAUGUUAUCACAAAAUAUUUUGAACAUGAUGAAAUUAAAAAUUUAUUUAAAGAUAAGAAAAAAAUUCAAGGAGUUAUUAUAACAUUUAUACAUAAUAUACGAGAAUUAUUACAUAUGAUACGUAAAUGUAUAUUUGCACCAGAUCAUCAACAAAUGAAACUUGGUUUAACAUCAUUAUCACAUAUGAGCCCUAAUGAAUUUAAUUCAAUGUUAAAUAAAGAAUUGAAGAAAUUUUUUUCGAUAAUUAAAAUAAAUGACCAGAAACUGCCAAAUGUAAAGGAUAAUACUUGUCAAGAUCCUGGAAGAGUAGAUACGAUUCCAAUUGAAUUUGAUUGGAAUGUAAAAGGAAAAGUUACAGCUAUUAGACAACAAGGGAGUUGUGGAAGUUGUUUUAUUUUUUCAGCUGUAGCUGUUGCUGAAAGUUCAUAUCUUAUUCAUGGUGAUAAUAAAAUCAAAAAAGACGAUCUAGAUAUAAGUGAACAGGCUUUAUUGGAUUGUCAUCCACUUGCUACUUGUAGAACCGGUGGUUGGCCAAGUACAGCAUGGUAUAUGAUGAAACAAAAUGGUAUUGUUGAUGAAAAAAAUUCACCAUAUAAAGGUAAACGAUCUGUUCGUGGAUGUAAAAAAGAUUUACCGAAAUCAAAAAUAAAUUAUAAAAUUAACAAAUGGUGUUCUCAUAAGAACAAUGAUGAGAAAUUUAUUCAAAAAUAUAUUUUGAAAUAUGGACCAGUAUUUGGUGCUGUUGAUGCUGAAUCUACGGAUUGGAAAUUUACCAAAGACGUAUUUCGUGGUCGAUGUAGUAAAAGUGUAAAUCAUGCUAUUGUAAUAACUGGUUGGACAAAAAAUAAUUGGAUUAUUAAAAAUAGUUGGGGUACAAAUUGGGGUCGUAAAGGUUAUCUAUAUUUACCACGUGGACAAAAUAAAUGCGGUAUCAAUCAAAUUAUAGGUAUUGCUUUUGGCAAUAGCACACGACAUUCCAGAAAAAACAGUAACAAAAACGAAAACGAUAAAAAUAAGGAUGAGAAUAAGAAAAAGGAUGAAGAUAAGAAUAAGGAUGAGGAUAAGAAUCACGAUCAUAGUCAUCGUCAUCAUCACCAUCAUCACUAUCCAAUAGUAAUCGUUAAUUGAAUUUAAAAAAAAAAAUUAAUUUUUUACUUUCGGAAGAAAAAGAAUUCA